AUGGCAGCUCUUGAUUGGUGGCAUCUCAUCCAUUUCGGAGCUAUAUUUUAUGCCCUAGUAUGUCCAGAGCCUCCUCCAAGUGCCACUUCUGUGCAAAUUAGGAUAUUUGAAGAAGUUACAGCUUCAUUGCUUGAUCUUGAGCAACAAGUGCAUUCCAUGAUUUUCAAGAUGGGUUAUGUUGGAAAUGUUUAUUCCUGUACUGCUCUUCUGGACAUGUAUGCAAAGUGUGAGAGAGUUGAGGUUGCAUAUGUCGUUUUCAGAGCAUACCUGAGCGAAGGUGUCAAAAUUGAUGAUGGCACAUUUGCUCCGCAUUUGAUGUUGCUUGAUGAUGCUGAGUUUUACAAAGUGUGGAUCUAUAGAAGAUGCCAAAAAAGUGAUUCAUGGUGCUGUUCAUACCCGAGAUUGGUGACAUGGAAUUCCUUGCUUGCUACUUACUGUGUACACAAUAAAGAAGCAAUUGCAUUUAAACUCGUCAUGGAUAGGCAAGGGUUUGGACUUGAACUAGACGUCUAUACUUACACUAGUGUCAUUAGUGCCUGUUUUGAUGAAGCACAUAUAAAACAUGGGAAAUCCUUGCAUGGAUUGGUAAUAAAAAGGGGAUUGGAAAAAUCAGUACCAAUAUCUAAUGCAUUAAUAUCUAUGUAUCUCAAGUCUAAGAACAGACGCAUGGAAGACGCAUUGCUCAUUUUUGACACCAUGGAAUUGAAGGAUCGUGAUUCAUGGAACCCAAUUUUGACUGGAUUUUUGCAACUUGGGUUCAAGAUGCCCGGAAAUUCUUGGGGCAUGUGCUUUGCUUUUGGCUUCUGA